CUUAAAUAUGGUUUAUUUUUGUACCAUUGAAUACAAUCUGAAUCUGUUUUUAUUCAGUCCAAUUAUCAGCUGCAGUUUGUUUCCACUGAAAAUAUUGGCUGUUAACUAUAUGACACAUAGCCCCAAAAGUCCCAAAAUAUGUUGCUUUUUCUAAGUGAGAAUAAGAUGAUAGGAACAAGUAAAUACAUUGUGGGUAGAAGGUAGAAGAUCUGCAUGCCAAUAAAUGGGUCUUGUUCCCACAAGGUGACAACUAAAUAUCUUACUGUAAGACAACUUAUGAUGACCAUCUUGUUUUCAUUAAGAAAUGCCAUCAUGUUUGACUUUGGGGGACAUGUUUUAUUGCAGGAGUGCUCAUGUGUUAUGUUUGUCAUUUCUGGAGCAGAUGUUUUGCUCUUAAAGGAUGAAAAGGAUCCUAAAUGUUUCACCCGGACAGAAGAGGAUUUCACCUGCUUCUUUGAGACCGCAGACAACGGGACUUAUGAUUUACUUUACAGUGUUGGAAGAGAGAAAAUGUGUGAAAUGUCUGUCCAAGGAACAGAAGAGGGAACUUUCCUCCACAUCUGCUCAUUUCCUGAGUCAGAUGUGUUUUCGUUUGUGGCUAUACACCUUGAAGUUGUUGAAGCCAAAACCAACACCAGCCUCUACAAUCGGAUCGUCUCUGUGGAGGACCACUUUCUCCUGGAUCCCCCCUUCAGUGUGUCUUUACACCAAAAUGGCCGAGCAGGACAGCUGCAGGUUUCAUGGUACACAAAUAUUUCGAAAUACUGGAAAUAUGAUGUGAUGUACAAGAUUCAAUACUUUUCCAAGAGGCUGGGAGAGAAGAUUAAAGAGGCAAAGGAGCACGCCAUACUAGACUCUCUGGUACCAGGGGAGGAGGUUGAGGUCAAGGUAACUGUCAAAUGUGCCUUCAAUCCAAAUGCAGGACACUGGAGCAGCUGGUCACACCCUGCACGAGCCAUGGUCCCCCAAAGUGCAGAUGACAUUUCACUAAAGUGCUACACAUCUGACCUGCAAAAUAUCAAUUGUCAGUGGAAUGGAAACAGAUAUAGUAAAGAGAAUGAGUACAAACUUUUCCACAAAAUGGGUUUCAGUGAAGCUUUGGGCUGGACAGAAUCGACCGAGUGUCUCGCUGACAGGGACUUGACUGAACUGUGCCGUUUCCGUGGAGACAAGUCCAGAAAAGUCAGGGUCAAGCUCAGCAGCACUUCAGCUCCACUCGGCAGAACCUUCUACACUCAAGAGUUCACUCUCAACAACAGCAUCAAAACGUCCCCACCAUGUCAUCUGAGAGGAGCACUGGAGAAAGACAAGUUCUGCUUGAAGUGGAAAGCUCCUCUUCUGUCUCUGUCCGCUCACCUGCAGUAUGAAGUCAGCUACCAGAUCAGAGGGGCUGAAGCGUGGAUAACGGUGUCCCUAAAGGGUCCUGAGACCGGCACGUGUCUAGACGUUCCAGCAGGUAGCUGGUACAAUGUUAAAGUCAGAGCUAAACCUACUGGGUCCAUUUACUCAGGUCACUGGAGUGACUGGUCAGAUGUGCUGACUGGUAACAACCCCACUGACAUAGGCACAUUGCUCUGGGUGUGUAUCCCUGUCUCGAUGCUGAUAAUUGCCAUCAUCCUCAUCUGCUUGUUUCCAACGUACCUCAGUAAGCUCAAGCUGUAUUUUUGGCCGCCAGUGCCCAACCUUGACAAAGUCCUACAAGGUUUUCUGACCGAGAUCAACGGGCCGAGAUGGAAUCCUCCGAUAUCAGCAAAGCAGUGCCCGGAAGAAACUACUUCAUCCGUGGUGGAGAUAUUGUCUGAAGAUGAGGUUUCAGGAUUGGGGAAGCCAUCAGAGGGAUCCACCCAGCUCCUGUCACCAGAAAGACGCCACAGAGAACAGGUAGAUGGAAGCUGUCGGACUAAAGUCUUUCCAGACUAUGUGACUCUGAACAAAGACAGUGCCAUACUUUGCCCAAAAGGAAACAAGUAUGUCUACAAGGAGGUUGGAGAGAAAGGAAGCCAGGGGGAGAGUGAUGCGCUCGUGCAAACAUGUCACGGCUCCUGCACUGAUGGCUCAGUCUGUACCCCACCCUGCUUAGGCAGUGUCUUCCUUAACGAUUCCUACUUGCCUCUGGCUGAGCCUGCAGACAGAUUUGACUGCAAGGGCCCCGUUGCAAGGGGGCCAGGCAACCUCUAUUCUAAUUUCCCUUGUAUCUAAAUGUACAGUAUAACAAGUGUACCUUGUUUCCACUUGUGCAGAUCAGAUGUAUGCACUUUCUUAUUGAAAUACGAACUCAAGGAUUAAUUCACCCUGUUGUUGAAUCUUAACAAAGACAUGUUACCAUGUAUUCACAGUAUAAUGGGGGUUAGUUCUGAUCAUGGCAUUGUCUUUCUCAACAUUUCUGUCAAUCUACAGUCCUUUGGAGCUGAAAUGCCAUGAGUGCACCACAGAUUUGAACAUAAACUACCUAGGGGGACAUCUGUAAACAAGAGUAUAACAUUUCUAUGACUGUUGAAAUAUAUUUGGGCAUACUAUAUUAUACAAUGCUUUUACAGUACAUUUGUAAUUUGUAUAUAAUACUGCUGUGUCUUUAUAUGUCCACUAGAGGGAACAGUAGAUCACAUGAUUUUUUCUGAAGAACAAUGCGAGAAAAAAGUGAAAGGAAAAAAAGUUGCCAUGAGGAAUUGGAACUAUUACACAAGAUGACAGUUUUGAGUUUGUACUUUUUUUUCUUCAAUUUAGCAUUUGAAUGCAACUUUGUCUAACAGUUUACAUGACUCAAUUUUGUAUAUUUCCGUACUAUUCUUCUAUUCUGCAUUUGAAUAACCAUUGGGGUUGUUUUUGUCAGAUCUUUUUCAUUGCAAUUGUUUUAUACUCAUUUAUACUGUACAUAUGUCAUCUGGAUUUCUUAAUGAGUUUAAAAGGUUCCUCAGAAAUCCACUUGAGUUUGAGGAGCCUGACAUUGUCGGAGAUGGCGAUGACAAAAGAAGUUUCCAUGAACAACAGCUUUUAGUUCAUUAUGCAUUACAUUGUAACUUGAGGGUUUGUAUUUCUGGCAUUAAACAUUAAAAUCUGUUUUUCUUCUA